AAGCGCAGAAGCCACAAUUCAAGUCAGACAGAAGCAGCGAUGCACCUAGCUGCUCGCGAAGGCCGCAGCGCUAUUCUCUCUAUUCUGCUUCGCAACGGGGCUUCGGUUGACAGCCUUGACGCGGAUGGGCGGACGCCACUGCACAAUGCCGCCGAGAACGGGCACGCCGAGGCAGUGCACGUCCUCUUAGCAGCGGGCGCUGACCCCACUGCUGUGGAUAAUGAAGGAUCGAGCGUCAUCCUUACGGCUGUAAGAGGUGGAAGGGAAGAUGUUGUGGAGAUACUCUUGGGACUUCUGAAGGAUUAAUGACACCGGGUCCUGUUUCCAUUGAUUGCUAUGCUAAGGGAAUCAUGAAGGAAAGCUCAAGUUUAUCUUCACUUUUUCAUUUCACACCCGCCGGAAGGCGCAUGUCAUCAGUCACGCGAGAUGCCAAUAUAGAAAGAGUGACGGU